GUGCGGAAACAAGUAGCAGGCACUUCCGGAACACGCGGUCACACCACGGAGACUGGUGUGUAAAGUUUGCCCAUCGAAGCUCGUCCAAAAUGUAUACUAAAAAGAAAUUCUUUAAAGGGUCCUUUGCAGAACAACAUCUUAAUAAGUAUGGAUGGCAAGAAGGCCAGGGACUGGGAUGAAAUGAACAUGGCAUGAAGGAAGCCAUUAAGGUGAAGAUAAAAAAUGAUACAGCAGGGGUUGGCCAUGAUCCAGGCAAGGAGUUCACCUUACACUGGUGGGACCAUGCAUUCAACAAGGCUGCUGGCAAUAUCAAUGUCAAGGUAACAGAGGAAGGGGUUGAUGUAAGCAAAGACGAAAGUAAUCAGAAGAAUGGAAAGACCAUGUUUAAUAAAGAUAUGCUUUAUGGAAGGUUUGUAAAGGGGGCAACACUGGAAAAUAACGAGGACGGUGUGUCCCAAGAGGUGAAACAUGGGGACAGCAGUGACUCGGAGGAAGAAGAGGAACCUGCUUCAGUUUCACAGUUAAGCGACGAAGAGCUUUUUAAGAAAUGUGGAGGUCUGACAGCUCACAAAGCUGCACGACAUGGGUUUAAGCUUAAUGGGAAGCUUUUAAGGAUUCAAAGACAAGAAAGUGACUUGCCCACAUCAGAUGACUCUGUAGCAAGGGAAGAAAAAUGUGAGAAAAAGACUAAAAAGAAAGCCAAGAAAAAUAAAGAAGAGACAAUGCUUCAAAGUGAAACUGAAGCACUGGAUAAAACUGCAGGGGAUAACAGUCAAAAAAAAUCAUCAAAGAAAGCAAAAAAGAGAAAAUUGUCAGAAACAAAUGUUCACGAAGUGACAGAUGAAAUUGAAAACCAAAAUGACAGCUCUAGUAGUAAGAAAUCUAAAAAGAAGAAAGAGAAAGAAGAGAACAUUGACAGUCCAGAGAUUGCAUUAGAGGAGAACACAAUUGAUGUCUCUGCUGUCGCAGAUAUUGACACAAAACUUACAGACUGUGAAUUAAACACACAGGUGAAUGCUGAGAAAGAGUCCAAGAAAAAGAAGAAGAAAUCCAAGAAAUGUAAGGAUGGCAUUGAUGCCUUAGUUGAAACUGAGAUGGAAUGUCCAGAAACAGAAACGGAAGUUAAAUCAAAAAAGAAAAAGAAGAAAAAAAGCAAACAUCGAUGAUUUUUAAACAACAGUGUUAUCUGUUAUAAAACACUUUAAAUUAUUAUCGUUAUUAUUAUCCAACAGUUAUAUUAUGCAGGACAAAACGUAUUUUUACAAAAGUGCAACAAAUUACGCCAUUGGCAUUUAUGAUUGAUAUAAGUAUUUUGCCAAAAUAAUCUUACAUUGGUCUUAUUUACAACAGAUUUCUUGUCAUAAUUUGGUCUGUAACAGUGUUUUUGAAUGCUUGGACUGAUUUUUAUCAAAUAUUGUUCUAUUUAUUGGUAUAAUAUAUAGAUACAAUAAAUUUCACAAGAAAGACGGUUA